ACACAGCAAACUUGCUACACAUGGUUCGCUGUCGACACGGGGAACAGAAACACCCGAUUAAGUUGAAUUGAAAGUUGAUUGCUGAUUUUUGACAUGGUUGGAAAGAUAAAACACGUCCGUCAGAAGCUUCACCAGGAGGCAGUGAAGCUCGACAGGCCGGGGAGCCUCUCACAGAGCCCCGGAUCCGAGUUACCUUCCAGCUCAAAGAAGCCUCCGGUCCUGGUGGAACCGCACAGAAUAAGUCCUGCACAUGUGGAAAACAACACGAGUGAUGCCCCCAAACAUGUCAAACAGAUCCUGGCAAAGAGCUCCUUCCCAUCAGGGAUCUUUGCUGGCACUAAAAUCUCUCCGGAGGCCCUGGUACAAACACUGAAGUUUGAGGAACCUCCAGAUGUGCCCACACCUGCCAAGAAAGGCCCAGACGAGAAGAAAACCAAGUCGAAGAAAGAGAAGAUGAAGGAGAGGAGGGAGAGAUGGCUCAGCAAGAUCAGCUCCAUCAAACAGGCGAAAGAGCAGCAGGUGGCCGAGGCCCGGAGGCAGGCCACGCCCGUGGUGGGAGACAUGAGGCCGCUGGCUGACGCCCUGCCGGAGCUCUGUCAGCUCAUCACUCCCGCUGCCACAGCCCCCACCGCUCGCCACAAGAGCAGGAAAAGCAAAACACCGAUGAAGAGGCCAGAGCCAACUGACUUCAGUCAGAUGAAACAGUCUCAGAAACGCAAACUCCUGGAAACGGAGACCAGCCGGUUCAGUAACGCAGUAAAGACGCUCUCCGCCAAAAUGAACCCUCUGGCUGAUAUCGGUGAGCAGCUGCGGAAGAGGAUGAGGCAGGAGGAAGAGCAAGGUCCCAGCUAACAAUAGCAACAGCCGAACUGUGGGAGGCUGAUGUGCCUCCACAGACAUGGACAGUUGAAUUUGUCAGGGAAACCCAACAUUAAGGAACCUGAUCCCCCAUCACACCUCUGGACUGCAGCCUAAAGGAUGCUGGUUAAAAACAGCAAAGUGUGUCUUUGUGAGGUAUCCUUUCACAUUUAUCAUCCACAUUUCUUCUGCCCUAAUGAAUCACUUCUCAUUUAAAGGUCCCUUCAAAUGUCUGUUUUCAGUGCAGACAUUUUUAAACAAACCUGCUUUCUUUCUCCCAACACCAACAUACCCACUUGUCUAUUUUCAGCAUCUUAUGAUUGUGCUGUAUUGAGAAUAAGAUCAGCUCCCGACUUCGAGUGACUCAUCAGCAAUAACCAUAGCAACUCCUCUGAUCCAUGUAAAUGAACAUCUUGUCAGGGCAACACUGAACCGCAAGCCGAGUGAAAAUAUUGUCAAACUGUCACCAGGAAGCAGCUCAACAUGUUUGGAGAGCUGCGGGACUUUGCUGUGCAUGCUGCACAUCGUACUCAACAUGUGUGUGGGAAUGUGGACACUUCGCAUUAAAGGAUAGUUCCAGUUUGUUUCAA